CGUAGAGGUCGUGCAGCAUCGCCAGACAUUUCUUGUCCCAACAACACAAAUAAUGCAGGUGUACCUCGGUCCAGAUUACGACGAAGUCGAUCUGCAUGUGACAUCCGUGACAUGCGACAAAUGAAACGGCCGGAAUCAACGCUUGGCCCUAUUCCCGCAAAGACAACACGCCUUGCAUAUACAGGCGCCACAAAUAACACCGCUUCGUCAACGCAAAUAUUCCCCGCGUUUUCUUCAAAUAGUGCAGUUUCCAGACCACCACGUAUUGGAAACGGUCCAGCUUCAUCUAAUGUGACUACUAGGAAGCCGAUAUCAACGCGACCUCAAAUGGGAGCUGGAGUUGGAAGCAGCAGCUCAGGACGUACAGCAGUUACAAACACUACAGCGACAACAAAAUCUUCUGCUGUCAAAAAAGCGGCUGCGUCUUCCAAUGGUUCGUCGAUUUCAACCACAGGUGCAGGAAAACCUAUUAACAAACGCAUACCGCCAUACGAUUUUAAGGCGCGGUAUAAUGAUUUGUUAGAAAAACAUAAAAUACUGAAAGCUAAAUAUGAAGUAAAGUGUGAACAAAUGGGAUCAUUAGAAGGUGUACCUGAACAACUUGAGGAAUCACAAGACCUAUUAUUUAAGACUAAAGAAGAGCUGAAAAACCUUUAUACCGAACGUGACUGCUUGUGUCAGCAAAUUAAAUCUUUGAACUUGAAGAUUGACUCGAUUUCAGGUUCACUUGUAAAUACAAAAGAAGAAUUGGACUUCAUAACUAAGGAGCACAAGAUCCUAAAAGAAGCACACGAUACUAUAACUAAUGAAGUUAUGGAUCUACGCGAGCGAACGACACGUUUAACAGCGGAAAAUAAUAUAUUAAACGAAGAUUUGACUGCUUGCAAAGAGCAAUUGUUUAAAGCCAAUUUGGAACGCAAAGAACUACAUAACACUAUUAUGGAUUUACGAGGUAACAUACGAGUGUUUUGUCGUGUUCGUCCGCCAUUGGACUUUGAACAAGAAAAAAUGCUUUGUGGUUGGAAUUACAUCGAUGAAUCUACUGUUGAGAUACAAAAUUAUGAAAACAAGAAUAAAAGCGUGGCGCAUGCUUUCUCAUUCGAUCACGUCUUCCAUCCAAACUCGAAACAGGAGGAUAUCUUUGAGAUGGUAUCACCUCUAAUACAGUCUGCAUUGGAUGGUUACAAUAUUUGUAUAUUUGCCUAUGGACAAACUGGCAGUGGUAAGACAUACACAAUGGAUGGUGUACCAACCAAUGUGGGUGUAAUUCCACGUACCGUUGAUUUACUCUUUGAUUCUAUCAAAAAUUAUAAACGUCUUGGUUGGGUAUAUGAAAUACGGGUAACAUUUCUGGAAAUCUACAACGAAGUGCUAUACGACCUGUUAAGCAAUGAGCAAAAAGAUAUGGAAAUUCGCAUGGCCAAGCACAACAAGAACGACAUCUAUGUUUCAAAUAUAACUCAGGAGACUGUUACGUCGGCAUCUCGUCUGCGAGAUCUUAUGGAUGUGGCGAAAAUGAACCGAGCUACAGCGGCUACUGCCGGCAACGAGCGGUCAUCGCGUUCCCAUGCUGUCACUAAAAUAGAACUUAUUGGCUAUCAUGCUGAGAAGAACGAGACGUCUGUGGGAACGAUAAAUCUCGUUGAUUUAGCAGGCUCUGAGUCUCCUAAGACCAGCAUACGCAUGAACGAAACUAAAAACAUAAAUCGUUCGCUUUCCGAGCUUACGAAUGUCAUAUUAGCAUUACUACAAAAACAAGAUCAUAUACCUUAUCGCAAUUCCAAGUUAACUCAUUUAUUAAUGCCAUCAUUGGGAGGCAAUUCAAAAACGCUAAUGUUUAUUAACGUGGCACCUUUCUUAGACUGUUUUGUAGAGUCGGUAAAAUCAUUACGUUUUGCAGCUUCUGUAAAUUCGUGUAAAAUGGCUAAAGCGAAACGCAAUCGUUUUUUAAAUACAUCUAGCAAUAAUUCACUCUAGGGUUAGAGACACAUAUUUAUUUAAUUUUAUCUAUUUUUGUAAAAUUUUAUUUUGCUUCUUACGUUAAUUCAUAUUCUCAGCUCUUUCAAUAAUUUGUAUUACCUUUUGUACUUUUAGUUAUUUUUUAAUAAAGAAGUAUGCGUCC